AUGACGGAAGAUAUGAAGGCGGCCUCGCAAGGAGACAUUUUGAUCCGUGGUUUGUUGCCACUGGAAGUGGCGCAACAGUUUGCUAUUCUAUCGAGGGGAAGCGAGCUUUCGAGACUCGCGCGAGCCCCGGCCAAGUACACUUCUGUGAGGAGCAAAUCAGAGUGCCAUUCAAGCACCCGGAUCGAGACACAAGAAUCCUUACACAAGCACCUGAAGGAGGCCGGGAACCGAUUUGUUUGGCUAAGGGGCUCCCCUGGGACGGGGAAAACUGCGGUCUCUAUGAGUGUCGCAUCCGCCCUUGAGGGUAUUCUGGCGGCGUCAUUCUUUUGGGACAAGAACCAGACAGGAACGGGCUUGGAUUCUAUCGAGCAGUUCCCCUCUACCCUUGCCCACCAACUUGCAUCCUUCAAUAAGGACUUCAAAGCGGACACCUUCGACACUCGGCUUUGGCCUUAG